AUGAAGAAAUGGCUGGAGAAUAUGUGGGCGCGUGAAGGGCAGCUGAUGAUCACAGAUGUGGAAAAUGGCUUUUACUUGGUGCGUUUUUCAGAGAAAAAAGACUUGGAUCAUGCUUUGACCGCUGGCCCGUGGGUGAUUUUGGAUCACUAUUUGGUGAUUCGAGCUUGGGAACCUGACUUUCAACCGUUUCAAGCGGCAAUUAAUAGAGUCAUGGCUUGGGUAAAACUCCAUCAACUUUCUAUUGAAUAUGUAAAUACUGAGGUUGUGAAGAGUAUUGGGAAUUGGAUUGGUCGGUUUGUCAAACUUGAUGCUGCCACUACUUCUCUUGCUAGGGGUAGGUUUGCACGGAUUUGUGUGGAAUUGGAUUUAAGCAAACCCCUACAGGCUGAUUAUAAAUUAGAAGGUAGAUUGAAGAAGAUUGAAUAUGAAGGAUUACACGUGUGCUAUACUUGUGGCCAGUAUGGUCAUAGAGCUGAAAAAUGUUCUAUAUCUACAGUUGGACCUGGCAGCGAUGGGAAGGAAGAAGAAAUGGGGAAUGCUGAGUUAGGGAAUGUUGAGGGCAGGGAUGAAAGUCAUAAUUAG